AUGUCGAGCACGCAGGAAGCAGAACAGUUCAUUCAAAGCCUGAGUAGCUAUAGCAUACUGCGGAGAAACCAUGUUGAGAAAAGCUCCAAGAGACUGUUGUUUGAACUCCUUCGGUAUAUCAAUGGCAAAACGUUCGCCACGGCCAAAGCAGUAAAGGCGACCCCCUUUCUUACUCUCAAGGUUUACCCUGGCGCAAUCAUCGCCGAAUGCAACAGCGAUGACCUGACCAAGGAAGACAUGCAUGCUAUCUGCCAGCCGGUUGACACAGAACAAAACAAAGCCGCCAACUUCAAGACUAUUGUCGCCGCCACCAAGAGGACUCACAUCGAGUCGGGCAAUUUGUCGGUCGAAUUCCAGCGCAGCAUCUUCGACCUUGACAACAGCCUCACUAUGCGACGUGUCUGGAUAACACCAGCUCAAACUGUUUCUACCAGUACUACCCGCAUCACGCUUUACCUCCACGAUCAAGGCAGCAAGGCCGAGAUCCAGAACCUGAGAAACAUCAUUGUCUCUCAAUUUGAGGACCUUGAACAGGAAUCUAUUCUUUUCCUCGGUAACAUACAGUCAUUGAAGGUAGAGUUCCGCGAAGAUGACAAGAUGCUUCGAUCCAGGCAUUUCGAAAAGCAAACUAUCGAUAAAUAUCGAGUCUCCGUCAAGACCACCACUGUUGAUCUGGAACACAAUGUUAUAGGAGCAAAUUUGAUACUGGCCUUCCCCUUGACAGACGACUUCAAGGUUGAAGUCGGCAGUAUCUCGACAAAGGUCCUCAACCUUCUUCCACUCGCACAAGGUUCACUAGGAUUCCACAUCCACUCAUUAUUGGAAGUGGAUGAUACAACCGGUGUGAUUGUCAUGUCCACGCACAAUAUCGGCAUCCAGAACGAGAUAGCCAACGUGUUCUUCAAAGCGAUUUUGCAAUUCUGCGAGCAUUCGAUUCUUCGAUACUACUGGCCGUUAUUUAUCAAAAAUAAACCAACAGAAGAAGACCCGUUCUGGGGUCACCUUCGUAUCGAUGUUCUAAACUGGAUCUCGCAAAAUCCCGUGUUGGUAUCACGACAUGUGAAACAGUGGCGUCUCAUCAGCCACCUUGCUUCGCCAGGCCGGGUUGCUCAGGACAAAGCUGGGAACCCGCUAUUGGACGACGAGAUUAAUGAUCCGUUUCUUUCGAAUAGGUAUCCUCCUGGUGUAAUAGAUAUCCUGAAAUAUCAUGGGCUUGCAACUCUAUCUACAGCUCAAUUUAUUGAUUUGCUCGAAAUACAUUUCAGCAAUCCAAGUCUACGAUCGCGCAUGAUGGGUCAACCAUUCAAGUUGCAGGAUUCUUUCGCUCGGCUCCUUUCAAAGCUACUUGCUAAUGAUGAGUAUGCCAACCGGAUAAAAUCACUUCCUCUCCUGCCAACACAAGGUGGCAUCAUGGUGUCUGCUGCGUCUGGCCUUGUAUAUACCUUCAGGGCAGGAAGCCCCGACAUCCCUCGAACAUUGGGUUUAAAACUUAUCAACGAGUCUGACAACCUCGCAUACUUCCACAAGAGCUUAUACAGGCAACUCGGGGUUGUGGAGGCCUCUGUACCUCAAGUGAGAGACUUGAUCUUGCAGAAAUUUUCUACUUCAAAGUGUAGCCUUGACCUUGAUAGUAUCAAAGACUGUCUCGUGUAUCUAUACCUCACACAUCUAUCACACGACCCUAAACAUGAACGGGAGUACCAGACUGUGCAGGUAAUGACCAAGAGUGGCCAGAUCGUGACGCCAUGGCGUACUGCAGUUUAUUGGCCGGGAAAGGGACAUCGCUAUACGCCCGAGAGUCUCCUCAGCACCAUGUCACAUGUAGCAAAAUGCCCUAUCAGCAUCUUGCACCCAGGCAUACUGGGGGGUGACCCAAAGCCAAAAUAUAUCCAAGCAUAUCACCCAAAUUGGAUGUCGUGGUUAGAGUUGUGUUUGGGGACCAAGACAAGGUUGAGCCUGAUUCAGCCGAACCCUCUGCUGGAACAAGAGUCAGAUACUGGUGGUUCUUCAACAUUUAGCAAAGCGAACGUUCUCUCUGAGCAGUGCAAGCACGUCCUCGAGAAUUGCCCAGACAGGUUUCUUGGACUUAUUCAACAUCUUUGGCAAGAUGAUGGGCCUCAUAUAACAAAAAGCCCGUCCUUGUUAUCCGAGAUUCAACAGCUUCCGGCGAAAGACUUGUGCGGCGUGAGCCGUCCAGUGAAACUCCGACAGACAUGGUUCCCUCUUCCACAUCUACAAGAUAUCGCAAAGACCUACUUAGAGUAUCCCUCCGAGUUUCCUUUCCUAAAGAUUGAGGAGGAGAAAAACAUGACUGUGACUGUUACCACUAAAUGGGGAUUCUUGACAGAGUACUUGGGCGUCAAAGAUAAGAACAGCUUGGAAUUUUUGCUUCAACUUCUAGAGUGUAUCAAGCAUUCUUGGGAUAGGGAAUCAAUUUGGCAGAUGCAGAAGAUUUUCGAGUUGUACUCUACCAUCAGAAAGCAGUUUUCGACCUCCUCUAGGGAAGAAAAGAAGCGAGCACAGGAAUUCUUCGAAGCUUCAGGCAUUUUAUACAUGGAUGAAACAGGACCAAUUUGGACGGGCACUUCCAGUUGUCUAUGGGCUGCACCUCCAGACAUGAUCUGUCGAUAUUCUCUCAAGAUGUUUUACGAAGACAAAGUCGUCAAUACGUCCGCGUUGCAAGGCAUACGCGGUUUGUUCUGCGACGCACUGGGUAUACAGAACGCUACUGCGGAAGAUGUGGUGGAAGAGAUGUGUCUUUUACGAGACGAAGGCUGUGAGGAUCUGGCACGCAUUACAAACAAUUACGCGUAUUUGGACAAUAGCAUAGAGUCAUCGUGUUCAAUCAGGGCUGCUUUUGGUGAGCAAGCCGUUAUAUUCAUUCAGCACGACGACAUUUCGACAUGGUUUUCUGUCAAGGAAUGCUCCUGGUCUGAGACAGAGACUACACCGAUGGAAUGCAGCCUGAAGAGAUGCUACCCGGGUUUCAAAAACUUCUUUCUCGAGAAACUGGGCGUUAGAACCUCUUCCUACGACAAACUCGUUGAUUUCACUUCGACAGAUGUGGAGGAAGCGAAGAAAUGUCUGUUGUCGUUCAUGGAUGAGUCAGACGCUCUCUAUGAAUACGACCCAGAACUAAUGGCGAAAGUAAAGAUAUUCCCAGUGCAAUAUCCCACUUCGGAAGCUCAGCCACGACCUAGCAUUGAACUAUGCUCUCUUGACACCGAGUUUUGUAUUGGGGACCGCGACUAUCUAGUGAAAUCACUGCAGUCUAAGGUCAAAAUGUUGAGUUUCAGCAUCACAGAGAUACGGAGGUUGCAGCCUCUUUUUUUCUGGCUGUCGAUGGAAGAUCGCUACCUCUCGGAAUGUGUCGAGGAGAUGAUUACUGGUAUUCCUUCAUCUAAUUUCAUGCCGGGUGAUGCGACUGCUAUAGAAAUGGCGUUGAUGAACAAGGCAUAUCAAAUUGCUCGUGUCGCCGAAACAUUCAACUCUUAUGGACCGUACGGCAAUGCAUUGUCUUUGUACAACAUGCUACGGAAACUGAAAGUCGCCAAAGUCGACAACAUGUCGAUAGAUCUGUUACUCUAUCAAGACGAUGAGGUAUUCACGUCCAGGUCUUCACAGAAGACAAUUGCCUAUAUCUCUGAACACAUAGAUAGUAUGGCUAUCUAUGUAAACUAUGACGACAACAAUGAGAAGCUGUGUCUUUUUUCGACCCUUCCUAGGAAGCUUCAACAAUGGCUAAUGCAAGAUCUCGGAAGUCUUUGCUUUGAGCCUUUCGAAGUCACUAAUGCCUUAACUUCAAUUUUUGCUUGUGACGUUGGCAUCCUGGAUGAUAUUCUGGAUGAUCAAGGCAUGGCCCAACUUUCUUUCGAGAAUCUGGACAAGGUUCAGUCGGAACCCUAUACAGGGGCACAACAGCCUCGGGUGGACCAAGACAAAGCACUGACUCUACCUGUACGUGAGCGAUAA